AGGAGCAACUGUGUCGGUAUUGUAAUUAUCGCAAAACCGAAGGGCACUUUCGGACCUCCAACCUUUAUAUAACCCAAGCCCACCCUCUCUCACAGCCUCACCAGACCAUAUUCACUUAAAAUUUCCUCGUAAAAAAAUAAAAAUGUCUGCAUGCAACAAAAUCCGCCACAUUGUACGGCUCCGCCAAAUGUUACGGCGGUGGAGAAAGAAGGCUGCCGCCGCUACCUCCCGCUGUAUACCUUCUGACGUGCCGGCCGGGCACGUGGCAGUCACAGUCGGCACCAGUUUUAAAAGAUUUGUAGUCCGCGCGACGUACCUGAACCACCCGCUUUUCAAGAAACUACUGGUCCUGGCCGAGGAGGAGUACGGGUUCACCAACACGGGCCCGCUGGCUAUUCCUUGCGAUGAGUCACUGUUUGAAGAAAUUCUCCGUUACUUGGCCCGCACGGAGUCCGGCAAGAACGACUGGACUCGAAUAGUCCGAUUUAUGAGUUUCGAGGAUUUUCAGAGAAACUGCCACGCAGAAAUGCGAAAUAAUAUUGAAUUUUGGGCUGAGUCACGACCGCUUCUACAUGAAGUUUCUGAUUGGUAAUUAACGUGCUAAUAACCUGGGUUGACUCGUCCGAGUUAGUUCGCUUUCGCCGUGAACAUCGACAAAUUAUUAACUGAACAUUCUCAAUCAGUCUCAAUUGAGUGAAUCGAGGUGGGUUUUUCGCUAACUCAUUGAGCUGGGGAAUUAUUUUAACUUUUGACUUCUCUUCUUUUUUUUUUUUAUGGGGGGAGCACUGAGUUACUAAUUAUUGAUCCGAGUCAUAUCCAUCUGCGCCGGAGAAUAUAGUGGAGAUGGCAAAUAUGUGGCGAGU